ACUUGGCUGCUAUCUGAACAAAGCAGCACUUGCAAGGCACUGGGUACCCACCACGGAGCAGUUCUCAUCUUCGAACUGAAAAUGAUGAGCAGCAGCAAGACUUUGCUCCUGGCCGCUUUGAUGUCUGUGCUGCUACUCCACCUCUGCAGCAAGUCAGAAGCAGCAAGCAGCUUUGAUUGUUGCCUUGGAUACACAGAACAUGCAAUUCAUCCCCGGUUCCUCCUGGGCUUCACGCAGCAGCUGGCCAGUGAAGCUUGUGACAUCAAUGCAGUCAUCUUUCACACAAGGAGAAAAUUGGCUGUGUGUGCGGAUCCAAAGCAAACUUGGGUGAAAAGGGCUGUGCACAUCCUCAGCCAGAGAAUCAAGAAGAUGUGAACACUGAGGCUUUCUGGAAUGGGAUUGGACACAGCCCAAAAACAGGAGGACUAGCUCGAGUUGGUUUCACUUGCCCGUCAUUGAGGGUUUAGCACUUAUCUGAUUUGUGCCUCAUUGGACUUGUCCAAUUAAUGUUGUUGAUUCAUAUUGCAUCAUAUUUUGCUUCGUUAAGCAUUGCAUUAGAGUCAGACUCUAUUUUAUGUUGUUAUUUAUAUAUGUGGGUUUUUAUGUGUGUGUGUGUUUUGCUAUUUAAUACUAUUUUCCCAUUUAAUACUAUUUUCCCAUAAGCUAUUUGGUUUAGUAUGCGGUAUAAAAUGUUUAGAGAAAUAAGAUUAUAUUGACUUUCUUGCAAGCAGCAGCUCUUUUUUUUUUU